ACAGAGGCACAGAGCGCACGCCCGCCAGGUCCCAAAUCCCAACCAGCAUCGCGUAGUCCCCGACCUCUCCAGGUCCAGGAUAGGGACACGGAGGUGGAAGAAGCUCUCCCUCCCUCCUCCCUCCGACCCUCCCUCCCUCCACUGGCCGCGGCCAUGCGCCCCUCCACGUCCGCCUCGGCCCUACUCCGUCCGCCGACCUGCCCCUCCACGUCCGCCUCGGCCCUGCUCCAUCCGCCGACCUGCCCCUCCCGUCUCCCCCAGCUCCGCAGCUUCGUCGGUUUCCGGUGGUCGGCCCCCCGCUUCCAGGUUAGGGAGCGAGCGGGUGCGGUCGUAGGGGUUGUCAAUGGCACGACUGGAUGCAGCUUGAGGCUCGGAGUACCUGCUUUAACUGUCUGCCGACCUCAUCAAAGGGCUGCUGUCAUUAGAAAUGAACAUGCUCAGAAUGCUGACUUGCCCCGAAAAUACUCAAAAAGGGAGAAGAAACCAUUUCCUAUACCAGUGCUGGAGUUAAGACGCCGUGCAAAGGAAAGGAUGAAGGCAGCACAAGGGAAACCGAAACGACCACUGCCUCCACCGAAAAAUGGAAUGCUAGUGCAUAGACUGAUACCAGUUGCCUACAAAGUGUACAAUGCAAGAAUUUUGCUGAUCAACAACUUGAGGAAGCUCAUGAAAGUAGUACCUGUAAAAGGCUGCAAAUAUUGCAGUGAGAUACAUGUCGGAUCUGUUGGACAUCCUUUCCGAACAUGCCGAGGAAUGAUGUCAGAUCAACGUAGAGGAGAACAUGACUGGGGAAGUACUUUAGUGGAAGCUGUUUUCUUACCGGUUGAAGCCUACCAUCUAGAGGACCGCCUAGGGAAACGUAUCCCUCAUGAACAGAGGUUUGCUGUACCCCGCAUUCCCGCUCUUGUGGAACUUUGCAUUCAAGCUGGAGUUGACCUCCCUGAGUAUCCCACAAAGCGUCGAAGAAAGCCAAUAAUUAAAAUAGGAAGAAACGAGUUUGUUGAUGCAGAUGAAGAUGACCUACCAGAAGCAGAGCCUGACAGAUUUAAGCAGACACUUCUUGAAGAACUACAUUUUGAUGAGAUUAUCGCUCCAUCUACCCCAGAGGAGACAGCAGCUCUUGCCGAGGAAACACUCGAAGCUUGGGAGACCGUCAGGGAUGGUGCCUUGAAGCUUAUGAAAGGCUAUGCUGUGAGGGUUUGCGGAUACUGCCCUGAGGUGCAUGUCGGCCCAACUGGCCACAAAGCACGAAACUGUGGAGCCUUCAAGCAUCAGCAGAGGAAUGGGCAGCAUGGGUGGCAAGCAGCAGUGCUCGAUGACCUAAUACCUCCUAGAUAUGUCUGGCACAUGCCAGAAUCUGGGGAAGAACUGCAGAGGGAGCUGAAGACCUUCUAUGGGCAGGCACCAGCUGUAGUUGAGAUGUGCAUUCAGGGUGGCGCCAAAGUGCCAGAGAAGUACAAAGGCACAAUGAGACUAGAUAUAGGAAUUCCGUCUAGUUUGAAGGAGGCUGAAAUGGUCAUCUGAACCUUGGGGGCAGUUUCGAGUUGUCUCCGGGGACAAAAACAAUAUAACCCCAUGCUCCAUCCUGGACGUGGCUUACCAUAGAUUCAUUUUACUAGUGAAUGUAUAUAUCCACAUCAGGACUUAGAUGAGAAAAAUCAGCAGAUUUCCUUUGUUUGAUAUCCACAUUGUUGUCUCCAUAUUUUUAUUUGUACAAAUGCAAAAUAAUCUGCUGAAUUUUUUGCUAGUAGUCAACCAUUAGGAAUGGAUCAAAGAACCCAGGAUGAGCAGAGGCAGUAGUUGCUGCCUUGCAGAACAAGAGAAGGCCAGUUCCAGCUGAUUUAAUACCUUGUGAAGGGGAACAUCAUCUUAAUAUA